AAUCUUGGUUAUGUGGAUGCUUGGUCAUGCUCUUUAAACUUAUUUUCAAAAGCGUCUGUUUACCAGUGAGUAAUCAUGGCAGAAAGGAGUGGUGAAACUUGUUCAAGUAUUUGGAAGUCUUUGCUGGAAAAUCUGACGAGUGUCAUUGAUCAGAUACAGGAUGGUGAAGGAAAGUCAACUGUGCCAGAUGAUUUUAACUACAAAGCCUACUGGAAAAAACUGGGUGAUGUUUUCAAAGCGGUUUCACAUGAAGCUACAAAGUUAUCGCUGGCGUACUCCAAACCUCCUGUACCAUCUAAUGAAGAGUGUGAAAGUUUACUAGCUUCAGUCGAGAAAACAAUUCUUGCUCUUCUUCAUGUUUACAGUAACUUACCAAAAUGUGCAGGUCUAACAUUACGAAAGACUAUCAAAUUGUCAGUAAGACAGUUAGUGGAAGGUAUAAAAACACUGGCAGAAACUAUUCAGAAGUACAGUGCUGGAUCUAACGAGCAGUUACAUCAGACAGGAAUUGUUUGGGAAGAAAGUGAUAGAUUUUCUAAAUUACCACAGGAUAACCGAUCAGCCGUUCUUUAUUGUGAUAGAGAAUAAUAUACCAAUGGUGGAUGAUGCUCAUAGUGAACUUACUGAGGCAUUAAACAAUGAUGAAGAUGAUGAUGGAUUAGAUCAGUUUUCUAGGAAUCUCUGAUUCAAGAUCACAAAAUGAUCAACAGUGGUCAGAAAUGGAACAAAAAUGUUAUACAAUAUUGUUUAGGACUCAUUAAAUGUUCCAAAUCUUUGUUAAAAAAGACAAAAUCAGCUGUGAAAACUAACGGAAACUGUGAGAGUGAGGAAUGUAUAUCACAGUUAGACGAUGUGGCAGAUCGGGUGGAGAGAUUAAGUCCAGUAGUGGACGAUCUAGCUUCCUGUGUUUACCCGCCCCUCAAUAGUUCUGUUGUACAUGAAAAGGCGUUAGAACUUGGAAGAGUAAAUAGAGAACUUCUCGACUUUUUAAGACAUAGUCAUGUGACAGGAGAAGAUGAUAAAAAGUGGCUGGACUUCCUGGUGAAAGCUAACUCACAUAACCUUAUAAAACUUACAAGUUUAAUGCCCCUUCUUUAAAAUCUAUUCAUUACUUU